AUGAAUUCAGCUGAAGUACGUACAUUAUAUCGUCAAUUCCUACGGAUUGGUCGUCAAGCAGUAUGUGAUUCUAUUCCAGCAAAAUACAUUAUCAGAGAUAAGAUUCGUGCAGCUUUUAGAGUAUUACCUCCACCUACAGAAAGAAUUAACAAUACACUUCAAUUUUUAGUAAGAGCAAGUAAAAGAAAAGGUUUAGAACAUGCCAUACUAAAAAAUUUAUGUUAUCUUGAUAAAUCCAAAAAUUUAUAUAUUAAAAGGUAUUUUAAUAAAUCAUCCAUAUAUUCAAGGAGAACCUCAUUUCAUAUAUAUAGAAGGAGGAAACCUUUAUCAACAAUGAAGGAAGAAGAAAAAUUUUUGUAUAAACGAAUAUAUGACGAACCUGACUUAGCAAUAUAUAUGAUAAAUGAAACAUGUGGACUUUGUUUAAGAUGA